UUAAAGCAUUCCGGCUGACAACGACGACGACUGCAUGUUGGGAAAUUAACACGCCAACAAUUUCUUCUCCGGUUGGACGUUUUGUGACGAAAGUAAAUAAAAGCCCGGCAACAAAAUGCAUCCCGAUCUUACCGAGAGAAUACUCCAACACUUGGAUACCGUUGAUAAGGUGGACACCUUGGACUUGGUGGAGGUUUUCGGUGUUGAUCACCAAAAAAUUGUCGGGGCCCUAAAAUCGAUUCAAGCGCAUGGUGAGUUGGUAAAUGCCGAGACAACAUCACGAAAAUCGUUGGAGGUCACUGAAGAGGGUCAAAUGGUUGUGGCCCAAGGUAGUCAUGAAGCUGUUCUCUAUAAUGCCGUUCCCCUUGAUGGUAUUCCACAGGCCGAACUAAUGAAGAGUGGUCCCAAUGCCAAGGUGGGCUUCAGCAAGGCCAUGUCCCAGGGUUGGAUAAUGGUUGACAAAUCUGUCAGUCCUCCAUUGGUAAAGCGCAAAGUAGACAAAAUUGAAGACACCGUCCAGCAAAAUCUCAUAGCUGUUGCUGCUGGAAAAACCGAUUUGCCUGCAAAUUUAGUAACCGAAUACAAGAAACGUAAACUUCUGCAGGAAAUCACUACCAAAAGCUUCGUUUUGACCAAAGGACCGGAAUUCUCCACAACCCUUACCAAACUGGAAACCGACUUAACUGUUGAUAUGUUGGCUUCUGGCCUAUGGAAAGAUUUGAAAUUCAAGGCCUAUAAUUUUGAUGCCCUGGGUGCACCACCAACCCGGGGACAUUUACAUCCCUUGUUAAAGGUGCGCACGGAAUUCCGUCAAAUCUUCUUGGAAAUGGGUUUCUCUGAAAUGCCCACCAACAACUAUGUCGAAUCAUCAUUCUGGAAUUUCGAUGCCCUAUUCCAGCCUCAACAGCAUCCAGCUCGUGAUGCUCACGACACAUUCUUCAUAAAUCACCCAGCAAAGAGUUACAAAUUCCCACAAGACUAUCUGCAGCGUGUCAAGAAAGUACAUUCCAGCGGUGGAUAUGGUUCCCAGGGUUAUGGUUAUGACUGGAAAUUGGAAGAGGCCCAAAAAAAUCUUCUACGCACCCACACAACUGCCGUCAGUGCUCGAAUGCUUUAUAAACUGGCCAAUCAGCCGGAAGGUUUCAAACCAGCCAAAUACUUUAGCAUUGAUAAGGUAUUCCGUAAUGAAACACUCGAUGCCACACAUUUGGCCGAAUUCCAUCAGGUCGAGGGUGUAAUUGCUGAUGUUGGCCUAACUUUGGGUGAUCUUAUUGGUACGCUGUAUGAAUUUUUCCGUAAAUUGGGUAUAACUCAGUUGGAAUUUAAACCAGCCUACAAUCCUUACACAGAACCAAGUAUGGAAAUAUUUUGUUUCCAUCCUGGACUGGGUAAAUGGAUUGAAGUGGGUAAUUCUGGUGUAUUCCGUCCAGAAAUGUUAUUGCCCAUGGGUUUGCCGGAGAAUGUAAAUGUUAUCGCCUGGGGCUUGUCUUUGGAACGACCGACCAUGAUUAAAUAUGGCAUCAACAAUAUACGUGAUUUAGUCGGGCCCAAAGUGGACUUAAAAAUGGUGGAAGAAGGUCCCAUAUGCCGUUUGGAACGAGCAUAAAUACUUUGUUAUUUUUAAAAUGGCAAGGUGCGCGCGAUUUAAAUUAUGUCAAACUUAAAAUUUGUUUAUUUAAUAUAAUAUUUAUGUGAUUGUAAUUUUUUCUUAAAUAAAUUCAUGAAAAAAUA